UCUUUUCCCAUUCCAAGAUGGCGGCCGGAGGCACCGGCGGAGGCGAGGCGGGAAGCGGCGGACCAGAGUGAAGCCUCCGCGGAGCCCCCUCUCCCUGAGCGGGGCCGCCGCGUGGCAGGCUGCUCCCGCCUCCGGCCUGGGCCGCCGCCGCGGGGGACCCCGGGGCCUGCUCUAGGGGCAGAGCCGCGGGCUGGAGCGAGGCUGGAGCCCGCCGGGACCUUGUCCUGUAGACGGGAACGGGGGAAGGAGCCCAGACGUGGCAACACAUUCUCAGGCUCCUGCAGGACCGCCAUGGCUUAUGAUGACUCCAAGAAAAAAGAAGAGUGCUUAGAGGGUGACCGAAGCAUUGAUGACGUGGGGCUGGCAGCAGGUAGAACCCAGCGAGAGAAAAAACGCUCUUACAAGGAUCUGCUGCGGGAAGAGGAGGAAAUAGCAGCUCAGGUCAGAAAAACCUCAAAGAAAAGGUUGAAGGACAGCGACCUCUUCUUCUUGGGGACAGAAUCUCAUAAGAAGAAGAGGAAGCAUUCCUCUGAUGAGUUCUUCUACGGAGACCUUUCACCUUUGGAGUUGCCAUCAAAGAAGAAGAAAAAAGCAGUCUCAAGCCCAACCUCUUCUGACACAGCCAUGGAUCUUCUUAAGGCUAUCACCUCACCUCUUGCCACGGGCUCCAAGCCCUCAAAAAAGACAUCUGAAAAAUCAUCCUUCUCUGCCUUUGCUGCCACUGGCUAUUCAGAGAGCAAGAAGGAGCACCAUAAGAAGAAACUGAGUGGUAGCAGUGGAGAGCUGUCACUGGAUGAUGGCAGCUUCCACAAAUCCAAAAAGAUGAAGCCGCUCUAUGUAAACACAGAGACACUGACCCUGCGUGAGCCUGAUGGUUUGAAGAUGAAGCUCAUCCUUUCACCUAAAGAGAAGGGGGGCAGCACAGUAGACGAGGAGUCAUUCCCAUACUCUUCACCACCAACAGCAGCAAAAAAAUCCUCCAAAAAAUCAGGUCGAGAUGAACAAGGCUCUUUCCUCCUGGGUCAUGAGCUUCAAAGCUUCCUGAAAUCAGCUCGGAAGAAGCACAAGCCACUGCCAGACUCACAUCCACUGCCAGUCCCGGAGGGAUUUGGCCCUGACACCUCUCUGUUCUCAGAAGGUCAUGGGAGUGAAUAUGACCUUUCAAGUAUGGAGCCACCCUUGGAAUCAGGUUCAUCAUCUGGUGGGGAGCUGGAGGCCGGAGAGCUGGUGAUAGAUGACUCCUACCGGGAGAUCAAGAAGAAGAAGAAGUCAAAGAAAAGCAAGAAAAAAAAGGACAAGGAGAAACACAAGGAGAAGAAGCACUCCAAGUCUAAGAAGAGUUCUGGACUCCCUGCCUCUGUAGCAGUAGCAGAAGUUAUGGUGACACCACCGCCACCCCCUCCACCCAGCACUCCAUUUGUCCUUCCUGUGCCUCCCCCCCCACCUCCUGUUUUCCACACAGACGGACAAAGUGAGAAGAAAAAGAAAAAAGAAGAGAAGGAGAAGGAAAAAGCUGAGAAAGCAGAAAAGGAUAAAGAAAAGCCAAAGAAGAAGAACAUGUCUGCCUACCAAGUGUUCUGUAAGGAAUAUCGAGUGACCAUUGUGGCUGAGCAUCCAGGGAUAGAUUUUGGGGAGUUGAGCAAAAAACUGGCAGAAGUGUGGAAGCAGCUGCCUGAAAAGGAUAAACUGGUUUGGAAGCAGAAAGCUCAAUAUCUGCAGCAUAAGCAGAAUAAAGCAGAGGCCACAACAGUGAAGAGGAAGGCAUCCUCAUCAGAGGGUGCCCCAAAAGUGAAAGCUUCCCCCGCAGGUAUGCUUUCACCUCAUAAGAAGUCCCCCUCCAGCACUGUGGUGUUAUCCUCCUCACCAGCCAAAGCCCCUGAUACAGAUCCCAUUGAUGUAGCUGCACAUCUACAGUUACUGGGUGAAUCUCUGAGCCUCAUUGGACACCGGCUGCAAGAGACAGAGGGGAUGGUGGCUGUAUCAGGAAGUUUGUCAGUACUUCUAGAUUCUAUUAUCUGUGCCCUGGGCCCUUUAGCAUGCCUGACCACACAACUACCUGAGCUGAAUGGCUGCCCUAAGCAAGUUCUGUCAAACACACUAGACAACAUCGCCUACAUCAUGCCUGGACUCUGACAAGAAAGGACCCUGGGAUGUACCUGCUUCCACGUUACUGACUUGUGUACAUAGGCGCUAUAUCGGCACUCUCUAAGGGCUCCGUGUGUAGGGUUUUAAAGUUUUAUAUCUGUAUAGUAUAUACAUAGGAUUGUAACUAUUUUACUUUUAUUAAUUAUAUGAAAAGUUGUGACGUAAGCUGAGCGAAUCCUUUCCUGUUGGUGGGAGAGACCUACUCAAUGUAUUCUCCAGUCAGAAGGUUUUUGCGUGGUUGAGUCAUAAAACUUUUGAUAUAUCAGCCUUAAAUUCAAAGAAGCCUUUUUGGGGAAUUGGCCUGAGCAAGACUAUCUGUUGAUGGACAGGUGCACAGGCUUGUUUGUUUUGGACCAAGCAAUAGUGCUGGACUCAUCACCAGCCCUGUUUCUAACUUCUAUUGAAAUGCACUGCUUUGCGGGAGGACUGGAUGGCUGAUGGAAGAUAAAGGCUUUGACCUCUAGGUCAUUUCUUCCAACCCCCAGGUCAUUGGUGUUACUAUCUGCUGACUGGCUGGUAGCUUGUGUUAAAAUAGUUGUGGAGAUGGUGAAGAAUCUGUUCUCUUCUAGUGGACUUGCACCUACAUCAUCAUCAUCACUAGAUGCCAACCUCAGAAGAGCGCCAAAGAUUGAAUGGACUGAGGAGAAUGAACCACCCUCUUAAUUUCUCCAGAUCAGGGCUGUACCACCCUGGUGAGAAGGAGAGGGCAAUAUGUAGGAGAAACUUGCACUGCCUCUGCCCAUCUGUACCUGUUUUGUGGGUAGAGGACUUUGUUUCUAAGAGCGUUGAUCCCAUCAUCCCUUUCACCAGCAGUAUUGAAAAAGAUUUAUGGAACCCUCCUGGUGGUGCUGAAUUAUCUAGAGACAGUGCUUAUUAGAUUUUAUUUAAUGGUUGUUAAAGACUGAAGAGGUUCUUGCUGAGCGGAACAUGGGUUGAGUGGACAGAUCCCACCUGAGCUGCUCCUUCUCCAAAGUGAGCUGCAGGAAAGCAUUUGAUUCUCAUGUAGGUAUGCGUGUGUAUGCGUGGUGUAUUUAACUUUUACCAAUAUCUGUAAUGGAUUUUAAUUUAUCCUGUAUAUUUCUGUAUAUAUAUGUGUGUGUAUAUAUAUAUAAUUUAAAAACAAAAAAGCCUUCCCUCCACCAAUCGUGUGUGGAAAAUAUGAAUCAGCUGUGCUCACCCCCCACCCUACAGGAAUUAGCUGCUACUGUUGUAGCCUGCAUAGACUUUGCAAGAGGGAAUAGCGACAACAGGGUGGUAAGCCCUUGUGAAGAACAGUGUGUCCAGGGAUGUUGGUUGGAAGCUGAAAUGGAGACCCAUUUAUUCUGGGCCCAGCCUCCCCAUCCCUUAUCAUUUAUAGGUUUUAAAGUAGCAGAAGAAGGCUGCUUCUGUUUUGAAUUCUGGAUUCUCUCUUUUCCAUGGCAGCUGGAAGUGAGCUGUACCUCAGUAUGGCUGAGCUCUAAAUCUGUCAUGAUUAAGCAAAUCCUCAGAUGUGUAGAGGGAAGCUUCCACCCAAUCUCUCUACUGUGUAGUCCCCAGCUGCACAUACAUGGUAAAUGUUGUCUUGCAGGGCUUCCUCUCUUCCCAGUUCAGUUCUGCUUUGUUGGUCAGUCAGUAGGGCUGGGUUGGUGGGUGAAACAGAAGGCUCUUAUAGAGCAUAUAGAAGAUUUGGGCCCAGGCCUCAGACCUAGAUAUACACCUCUCAAAAAUAUGUGGCUAAUCCCAAGCAGCAUUUGAGGGAGGUGGGGGUGGGCAGAGAGAUCACAGUGGGCUUCUGGACCCUCACCAAAGCCUCUAUUCUAAGAAAUGGCAUAAAACACCUGCCUGUGUUUCCAACUGUCCACAAUGGAGAGCACUGUAGUGAAUGAUAUAUACAGGCGAGUCUCAUCUUAUGCGAGGGUUCCGUUCCGCUGUUAGCGCGUAAAGUGAAAACUGCAUAUAGUCAAAAUUACAUUGAGUUGAAUGGUGGGCGGAAUCGCCCGCACUACAGAAACAGUAUUUAAAUUGUUAUUUUUCUCUCUUGUUUUUGCCGACUGCGUAAAGCUGAAAUUGCGCAUGUUAAAUGCACAUAAGAUGCGACAGGCCUGUAGUCAGAUCUCUAUCUAAGGAACGGAAGGGGAUCAGUCAGCUAUAGCUUUGCCAUCUGUAUAACGAUAAACUCUUGAAGAGUUUAAAAACCAACCACACACACAAACCCUAAUGUAUUGUAUUUUUAUUUAAAAUUUGUAAACAUUUGUAUAAUCUGUAUCUUGUGGUAUUUGGUACUAGAGGGAAAACUUUGGACUGAGACCUAACAGUUUUUAUAUUUUUGUUAUUUUUCUUGCCAUUUGGUCCAGAUUGCAUUACAGUUGUAUAAAGAAACUUUUUUGUACUGUACUUACAUAUAAUUUUUUUAACA